AUGGGGCUGUACAAGCUGCCCUACUUCCGGCAGUGGACACCCGAUCGAAAGGUCAAUGAACAGGGCAAACGCCGUCCUCUGUUCUUGAACCUGCUGGCGCUGCUUCCCUGGAUCACGCGCCCGUUGGCUGCGUUCAAGAUCUUCAUGUAUGAGAGGCGGCGGAUGCAGACAAUGCGCUUGCAGGAGAGCGUGGACGAGCUGGAGUCCCAGGUGGAGAGCGGCUCUCCGUUCCAAGAUGAUAGAUGCUUGGCGGCGAAGAAGUGGGACCGCAUUCCAUGGGACGAAUGCAAGGAUGUUUAUGACCGGGCCUUCCUUUAUAUGUCUACGGGUUUGUAG